CCAAGAUGGCGGCGUACGAGAAGCGGCGAGCGGCCGCCGCCCCGGUGCCGGCGGGGGGCAGCGGGCUGGCGGAGCCGGGGCGGGCAGCACCGGGGGACGGCGGGCUGGCGGAGAGCAGUGCUGCGGAGUUUCUGCUGCGAGCCGGCGUCACGGCCAUGGUGCGGGAGGCGCUGCUCAAGGUGCUGGAGGCGCGGCCCGCCGAGCCCGUGUCCUUCCUGGCCGAGUACUUCGAGCGGCUGGUGCCGGCGGAGGCGGCGGCGGAGCCCCCGGGGCCGCCGCAGCGCCUGGCCCGGGCGCUGUGGUACGUGUGCCUGGCUCAUCACUCGCACAGGACGGCCUUCGACAGCAACGCCGGCGCGGCCUACGAGGUGCUGGGGUGCGGCGGGCGGCGGCGGGCGGCGGGCGUGGACGGGCGGCUCUACAGCGAGCUGCUGCGGCGCAUCUGCCAGCGCGGGGCGGCCCCGGCCGAGGCGGCGACCGAGCUGCUGCGCCGCGUCCGCUGCCGCGACCACGAGGCCGUCCCGUUCGACGUGUUCCGCUACGGCGUCCUCACCUGCUGCGUGCUGCUGGAGUUCGCGGCCAAGGCCGACGCGCUGUUCGCCGUGCUGGGCGCUGGGGACUCGGCGGACACGCGGCUGUGCCAGGCUGUGCUGCGGGCGCUGGAGGACGCGCUGGGCGCCGGGCACGGCUCGCGGCCCGGCCGCUACCUGGAGGCCGGCUCCAGGCUGGGCCCGGACAGGCUGGCACUGGCCAUGGACCAGGCACUGCAGGAGAGGAAGCUCGGCUCCUGCAUGAGCAGGGAGGAGUUCCUGAAGAAAGCCACCGCCCUGUUCAUAGCGAAGGUGAAGCCCGUGGAGUGAUGCCGGGUGGGAGCAGUGCUGGCUGCGGCCACUGCCGGCCCUGCGGGGCUCCCAUCCAAGCUGGACGGUGAGCACGGGGCAUUGGCUGGGCGCUGGCUGGAGAGCCCGGGUCUGCCCAACAAGAGAUUCCCAGUUUCCACGCUCCCUGCCCCGUUCUGAUGGUGCCCAGCAGCUCCGUGUCCCUGCGUGCAGCCUUUCCCAGACAUGGCUCCUGUGGCCCAGCUGCAUUGGGACGUCCCUUUUAGGUGGUAUCCAGGACCGGCAUGGAAGCUAUGACCUGCGGAGCUGCUUUGGGCAAUGAAAUGACCCAGAAGGAACAAAGUGUGGGGCUGGGCUGC